AUGAAAGAAGAGAUAUUACAAAUCGGAAAAAGUGAGAGCAAAGAUGUUAAAAACGGUGAUGAAAAUGCAAUUGUGGUGCGCAAGAUGAAUAGUAAGAAAGGGAAAAUUGAUAGUAAAGAAGUAGCAGUGGUUAAAAAAUGGGACACAGUAAUAAAACAGCACAAGAGAUCGAAUGCUGACGUUGAACAAAGUAUAUAUUCUGAAACAAUAAGAAUUAAAAUAGAGAGUGAUAAAGUAAUGAAUAAAAGAAGUAUGAAGAAUGGAACGUUAGCUAUAGCCUGCUGCAGUGUAGAACGAGGACGAUCUGGGAAUGUGACUUAG